GGUGGUGACUCUUUGGGACGCCCCAGGCUGCAUGAUGCUCGGACAGGGGGGAGAAGUGCUGGACACCGGAGAAUCCUCGCUUGGGGCCCGACUCGUGCCUUUGGGCUUUCACAGAUCCCCCCGGAGAUCUGGGUCGCGGUCUCUCUGCGCCUCUCCUGGCAAUCUGUCCGGGGGCUGCUUAGACAAACGAGGCUUCAGCUCAGCCCGGGUAACGGGUCUUUUAGCACUGCAAACUCUUCGCCUUAGAAGCCACGCAGUCAGGAGGAGCGCCGCCGCUCUCAGCAUGUGUAGAGUGCCUUCCCCUAACCUCUGACUUAAUUACUCCAGCCCGCCAAAAAACUGGGAUUAGAUGGAAAGACUCAUUGGUUAAUAUUGUCCUCUAGCCCUUGAUUCCUGUGGAUCGAAGUCUCAGCUGAUGAGGACUGCAAGUUGUACAUGGACAGGAAUGGCUCGUGGCAUUCUGGCUUCGACUGCAACUUUUUCUCCUUCUGCUGCGGAGACUGUUAUCAUCGCUACUGCUGCCUUGACCCCAGGAAACAAAUCUCUGAGCGGCAGCAAAAGCACUGCUUGGCAUUUGGCCCCAAAGCAAUUGCUGGCAUCGCUUCAGCUGUGAUACUCUUUGUGGCUAUUGUUGCCACCAUCGUUUGUUGCUUCCUGUGCUCCUGCUGCUAUCUGUACCAACGACGGCAUCACCUUCAGACACCAUACCAUGGUCAGGAAAUCCCACUGUCUGGCUACCCAGCCCCACCUCCUGGCCCAUACCCUAUGGAUCCCAAAGCGGGGCCAGCACCAUUUAACCCUGGCUAUGCACCUGUGGCGGCUUAUCCCCCUACAGUUCAAGCUGCACAGUACCCUCUGUACCCACCUGGGCCACCGUACUACAACCCGGCAGCUCCCCCACCCUACCUCCCACCACAACCGCAGCCGCAGCCGCCGCCACAGUUCAGCACCUGAGGAGGGCCUUACAGAGACUCUGCAACAACACUCUUUCCCCCCUGGGCCUGCCAGAUCCAUCUCCGGAGAGCUGUUAUGGACGUCCUGCUGCACUGGGUUCCAGCUCAAGCUUCAGUAUUGUCCUCCGCCCUUUCCCCCUUAUUUGUUAGCUUCUGCUCUGCAUGGUAGGAAGCAUUCCGAGACUAUUUCUUUGGCCCCGCUCCCCCGACUUCCUGCCUGUGUCACUGAGGGAAGCGCCUGCCCCUCUCUAUCUCCCCUCUGGGUUCAGGAAGGACUGAUGCAGGUGCAUAGGGCUGGUAUAAAUGUCAUACAUGUCACUUGAUGGAUCGCCUACUGUAAGGGUGAGCCUCUUCUAUGGAAGCUGGAGGGGCAGCUGUCUCAAGGUAGCAACCGAGAGCAAAAUGGAACGGGCUUCCUCACCCUGCCCUUUGGCCCACUGUGUUCCCUGACACGGCAUGAAGGUCAAUUGCGUCCGUUGCUCAUUGAUCUGGGAUGAAGUUCAGUGUCUGACCUUUUGGAAAAGUGGAUGUGAUGGUAUGGUGCCCAAAGAGCCUGAAAGCAUAUGGUGCCGUUCAUUAUUUUUAAACUGAGAAGGUGUUGGCCUGGUCAAUACCUGUAGGAGAGAUUGCCUUAGAGCCCCAUGUCACCUGCUAAAGGAAGCUAUAAGUGUAAUAAACCAUCUGGAAAGCUCACAUAGGCCUUAUAGCAACAUCCUUUCAAGAGCCAAGAUGAGGGCUUGAGCAGUAACCUUUCAUACUACUAAGCACAAGCUGGAGAAGUGUCAGUAUUUUAGUAGGAUUUGCAGUACAGGGUGCUAUCUUUCCCUUCUGCAUUUUGCCUACAUCUCCCAUGGGCACUGCCUGAAAAAAAUGGGCGACAAAGGUAACUGUUCUGUAAUAUGGACAUAAUUUGGAUUGAAUUUCUAUGCAUCUUUGACUAUUUUCCCCAUCUGACACUAAAAGGCACCUUUGGAUUUAUCUGGUGCUCACUGUAAAAUGUUAUUUAUGAGGGACAGAAUGCAGGAGAACCAUUUUUAAACUCAAUGUACAUUCUAGCCAAUGUAGAUAUCACAUUCGUAGAACAGACCAACUAAGCAAAAGCGGAGAUAAGCAUCAGGUCUGAAAAAAAUCCAUGGUUGUAUAGUGAUUCAAACAGAAGCUACACUGAAAUAGUAGCAUCUUUUUUGUAGAGAGAUAUGAAGCUUGGCCAUCUGGAAAUAAAGAAUAACCAUGACAGUCUACAGAGCUGUGAUAUCCUGACACAUAAGGGAUAUCUGGCAAUCUGUUCUGUUGUUGCUCAUUUGCAUAUGUUAAUUCACCAUCAAGUGUUUAAAGCUGCCCAUUUCCUAGCACUGAGGCUGAGUGAAAAAGGAACCUGGCCAGAAUGUGCACCUAAAAGAAAGUCUGGUUGGUUUAAAACUAACAAAAUCAAAAUAAAAAAACUUGCUGCUAAAAUUGAGGUGUCCUUUUCCAUAGCCCUGAAGAGAUGCAUCCAGGUAAAUAGGGGAAACCUUCAGCUAAAUUGGGGAUAAAAAGUACUUCUUUCCCACCCAUGCACACACAACCUCAAUGGUUUCCCUUCUUCCCGGUUUGUAAUAUUCUCUGCUGCUUUUUCUUUCUGCAUGAAUCCCUCUUGAGCCCAGUCUCCUACUGACUAUGCUGGGGUGGGAGUGUUUUUAUACAUGAGGCUUAAAUCACUCUUGAGCACAUUAGUGUGGAGAAGAAUGUGGAGGAGUGCCAUUUGCAAUUUGACUGAGCCUUCUGGCCUGUGCAGUUCCUGGCAGAAGGUGAUUGAAUCAAGAGUCUCUAUUAAGUCUCAUGUACAAAAACACAGUCCCAUUGUGAGAGCCUCUCAUGUAUAAACACGUAUUUCAUAAUAUUUUAAUUCGCUGUAGCUUACUCACUCCCCUUGUUUUGACUAAGAAUAGCUAAGCUGGGUUCUUGUGCUGUCUCAUUCCAGCCCUUCUAGCUCAGUAUUGUCUGUGGUCAAGGGCGUGUGCGUGUGCAUUCUAAUGAGUCCGUUAAACUUGGCUUCCCUUGUCUUUGCAGUGUAGCCAUAUUUCCUCCUAAAGCUCCUGGUGCUUUCUGUGGCUUUACUGGCAUUCCACAAUGAACUCCCAUGUACACUGCCUUGAGUUCCACUACAAAAAAAGAGGUGGACUAUAAAUGUUAUAAAGAUAAAUAAAUUUUCUUGCUGUGUAA